AUGAGUGGACAGGAGAACAGGAGCAGCAAGCGAGUACAAGUUAUCGCAGCAUCACCACCGUUACCACUGGUGACAAGAAGAAACAAGAUACCGAACAGAGGCGAAGAAGAAGAAGAGGUAGACUUUAGAACCACAGCCGGAAACAGCCCUAGGCGCAAGUGCGGUUUCAACAGCCAGGCUGGCAAGAGACAGCCACCCAACAGCCAAGGAGCAGCAGCGAGCGCAGAAACCGACGCAAGAGCAGCACAGAGGCACAGCAGCAAAGUCGAAGACCACCAAGGACGAGACAGUGGAUUCGCAGAUCAGAGCCAACUAGAACGUACGUGGGAGUCACCACAGACAUCCACCAGACAACCAACACCGAGAAGGCCCGCAGACGAAGAAGGAGACCGCUCAAGCCAAGGAUCCCGACCAUCGUUGACGUGGGACACCUCGGACCUCACAGGACAACCGCAAGAAGAAACCCUACGCCAUAGCCCAACAGCAUCUCAAGAAAACGAAGUAUUCGCAGAUCAAGAUCUUUUUUCCCCAGUACAGAACGCGGAGUUUCAACCGGAAGACGAAAGAGACGAAGACGAGCUAUAUACACCACGAAGACUCUGGAACGAAAGGAGGGCCGAAUACCUACCAGCGACAGGCGACACCGACCUAAGCUACAGACAGCUUUCGUCCGAGUCCGACGAGGAAUCAGACGGCGCUGAGGGUACAUUUGGCCUACUCACAAGCUUCAACUAUACAACACCCACCACCAGAACAGCAACAGGAAACUGA